AUGACGUCGUUCAGUUGGUCUUUUGUCGGCGCUCAGCUCGUAGUCGCACUCUUGAGUGUUCUUGUAUAUCGACGAUUUCUGUCCCCGCUCAAAACAAUCCCGGGUCCAACUCUUGCUUCUGUCUCCCGGCUGUGGCACCUUUAUUACAUCGUCAGAGGCGACCAAAAUCUGAAGCUCAUUGAGCUCCACAAGAAACAUGGUCACUUUGUGCGUAUCGCUCAUAAUGAGGUCAGCGUUAGCCAUCCCGACGGUAUCAAGAAGAUCCUGCUAGCUCCUUUGCACAAGGGGAGCUGGUAUAAGCUCCUCGCGAUCCCCGACUACCGGUUUCAGACCCCAAUGUCUACGACUGAUCCGAAGAAAAAGACGGAAAGGUCCAAGCAUUUCGCCGCAGGCUACACUUUAACAAACGUCUUGCAGAGUGAGCCCGCUGUUGAUAGCGUGGUCAAGAACUUCAUCGAAUGGCUGGACAAGUUCUCUCAGUCAAAACAGCCCGUUGACAUCGACAAAUAUUUGACCUUCACCGCGUUCGAUGUUGUUGGCGAGAUCCUCUUCUCCAAACAGUUUGGGUUUAUCAAGGAGGGAAAAGACAUUGGGAACGCAAUAGCCAACGGCCUCGCCCUCAACGUUUACGCGGCAACGAUGGGAUUCUACCGCUGGGUACAUGUUCUUCUUGUGGGCAAUCCAAUAAUGACGAAACUCAACAUUCUGCCCAUGGGUCACCUUUAUGAUACCACGGUAAACGCUCUCGACCAGCGUCUCGACAACCGGGACAGUCGCUUUGAUUCCGUCGCACACUGGUUCCGAGCGAUCGACAAGAACCCAGCCCAGGUCAAACUGAGAGACGUCUACGCCAUCGCGACCGGAGCUGUGGGUGCCGGUAGCGAUACGGUUUCUGGCGGGCUCCAGGCAUUCAUCUAUUACAUGCUUCGUCAUCCCAACGCCUGGAACCGUGUUCGCUCUGAAAUUGACGAGGCAGUCAAAACCCAAGGCAUCUGCCAGGACGAGGUCAUUCAGUUCGCAGACACUCAAAAGUUGCCCUUUCUCCAGGCUUGUUUCAAAGAGGCCUUGCGGAUCUUCGGACCAGUGCCGAUGGGGCUGCCCCGAUUAGCUCCCAAGGGAGGCAUUACCAUCGGCGACCAACACUUCCCUGAAGGAACUACCUUGUCUAUCAAUCCCUGGGUGAUUCAUCAUUCUGAGGAGUUCUGGGGACCGGACGCGAGCGAAUUCAACCCUGAUCGUUGGUUGAGGCCCGAGAUAGCGUCACAGGAGAAGUACUUCAUACCAUGGGGUGUGGGAUACAACUCAUGUCCUGGCCAGCAUAUUGCUCGGAUGGAAAUGUACAAAAUUGCGGCAACGCUGCUUCCCAUACACUUGUCACACCAACUUUCCCCCAUCAUGAGCCUAGAAACCCUCGAUCGACACCUUGCCUCGGUGCAGGCCAGCCCCGCAACAAUCGAACUUCUCAAGGACUUGCAUACGCAAGCUCUCACUGAGCCUGCAUAUGUCAGCACAGACAGUCAGCCUGCCACGGCUGCCCUCGAUAGGUUCGUUGCUUUGGAGCCAGACAAGUGCGCAUUGGUGUACUUGAUGCUGCGCGCCUGCGGUGCUCGGCAUGUCGUCGAGGCCGGGACCUCGUUUGGCGUUAGCACGAUCUGGCUUGCGCUUGCCGUUGCGCAGAACGCGAAGGCCCAGAACGCGGACGGCAAGGUGAUCGCGACAGAGAACGAGCCUUCCAAGGCUAAGAGGGCUCGUGAGCACUGGAGCCGGGCUGGAGACGAGGUUGAGAAGUGGAUCGAUCUUCGAGAGGGAGAUUUGCGAGAAACUCUGAAGACAGAUUUGCCGGAGCAAAUUGACUUCCUGCUUCUGGAUAUUUGGUCUGUCCUUGCCAUGCCGACCUUGGCCGUCGUCAAGCCACGGCUUAGGCCCGGCGCUCUUGUAGUCGUCGAUAACAUUAUUUCUGGGAGAGCUGGAUAUACGGAUUUGAUCGCGCACUUGGAGGAUCCAUCAAACGGUUUCAAGAGCACCACGGUUCCGUACCCUGGAGGGCUCCACGUUGCGGUAUACACUGGUGCCUAG